GUACCAAAAACGCGACCUGGAAUUUGCAUAUCGGAUACGCUGCAACGAGCAUUGAUGCGCUGGCAGCGUGUACUCGGAAUACGACGAUCGGCGGAAGCAAACAAGCACAGUGUUGUGAAACCAGCAUCCAUACCGUCACCAUUCGUCGUCAAAAGGACUGCUUGGAUGUAACUGGUGCCAAUAUCUUGUCAGAGGGGAAAUUCAUUCUCUGUAAAAAAAAAUAA